GCCUGCCGGGAGAGCCCCCAUCUUUAAGCGCGUUUGGCUGGCCCGCGGGCGCUCGGAAGUCGAGACGCUUCCGUCGUUGUUCUUGAAGCGGUGGAGACUGUGGGGGUCGGCGUCUUUGAGUGUGAGAAGUUUUACAGAUAGCCACAAUGGCUGAAAAUGGAGAUAAUGAAAAAAUGGCUGCUCUGGAGGCCAAAAUCUGUCAUCAAAUUGAGUAUUAUUUUGGAGACUUCAAUUUGCCACGAGACAAGUUUUUAAAGGAACAGAUCAAAUUGGAUGAAGGCUGGGUACCUUUGGACACAAUGAUAAAAUUCAACAGGCUAAACCGACUGACAACAGACUUUAAUGUAAUUGUCCAAGCACUGGGCAAAUCUAAGGCAAAACUUAUGGAAGUGAGUGCAGACAAAACUAAAAUCAGAAGAUCUCCAAGCAGACCCCUUCCUGAAGUGACGGAUGAGUAUAAGAAUGAUGUAAAAAACAGAUCUGUUUAUAUUAAAGGCUUCCCAACUGAUGCAACCCUGGAUGACAUAAAAGAAUGGCUAGAUGAUAAAGGUCAAAUACUGAAUAUUCAGAUGAGACGAACAUUGCACAAAACAUUUAAGGGGUCAAUAUUUGCUGUGUUUGAUAGUAUUCAGUCUGCAAAGAAGUUUGUGGAUACCCCUGGUCAGAAGUACAAAGACACAAGCUUGUUAAUACUCUUUAAGGAAGAUUACUUUGCAAAGAAAAAUGAAGAAAGAAAGCAAAGCAAAGUGGAAGCUAAAUUAAAAGCUAAACAAGAACAUGAAGGAAGACACAAGUCAGGAAGUGCUGAAACACGACCUCUAGAAGGAAGGAUGGGGUGCUUACUGAAGUUUUCAGGUGACUUGGAUGAUCAGACCUGUAGAGAAGAUUUACACAUCCUUUUCUCAAAUCACGGUGAAAUAAAAUGGAUUGACUUUGUCAGAGGAGCAAAAGAGGGAAUAAUUCUCUUUAAAGAGAAAGCUAAGGAAGCGCUUGAGAAAGCCAGGAGUGCAAAUAAUGGUAACCUACAAUUAAGGAACAAAAAGGUGACUUGGAAAGUACUAGAAGGACAUGCGGAAAAAGAUGCGAUGAAAAAAAUCAUGGAUGAUCAGCAAGAAUCACUAAACAAAUGGAAGUCAAAAGGAGGAGGCCGCAGAUUUAAAGGAAAAGGAAGGGGAAACAGACCUCCUUAUGCUGGGGGACCCAAAGGAAGAGGCCAGUUUCAUGGCAGGAGAACAAGAUUCGAUGAUGAUGACUACCAUCACCAUCAUCGACGUGGAUCAGGACCAAUGAAAAGAGCAAGAGACGGAAGAGACAGAGAAGAGCCUGCAUCAAAGCAUAAGAAAAGAGAGAACGGCGCUAGAGACAAGUAGUUUAGUAAGCAGUGUUUUUAUUCAUCUUAGUUAGAUUUUAAGCUGCUUUUUGUCUUCAGAAGCUUUUAAAAAGAAAAGCGAAUUAGGUCCACUUCAAUGUCCACCUGUAUAAAAGGAAAAGAAUUUGUUUUUCUUGUCUUUUUUGUUGUUGUUACCCAAAUGAAAGUUUUUUAAAAUGUAUAGUUCUGUUCGUGUUUGGAUGAUUCAAAUAUGAAAAGGAAGAAUCUUCCUCUUAAUUGCCUUUGUAAUAUGAGAAUGUAUUAGUACAAACUUGUAAAAUAUAUGCUGUAUAAAAAUA